AGUUUUGAGUAGCGUUCGGGUGCACAAAGAGCCCAGUCUAGCCAAUUAAAUUUGUUUGACAAUAUGAAGCUCGGAUUUCUGGGGCUUUUUGGCAUGGUGCUCAGUUUGCGGGCCUAUCAAUGUAUAAUUCGUGAACAUAGGAAAAGUCCAUUUCUAAGAACGAUGGAAGGAAGAACGCAAUUUGGCAUCAAAAUGCUGCAAAUCGAAUCCACGCAUAUAAAGCAGGAAAACUUUGCAAUGACGCCAUUUUCCACGUGGUCACUCAUGCUCCUGUUUUUCGAGGCAGCGGAUGUGGGAAAGUAUGCCUACAACGAGCUGCGUGAUGUCCUGGAUCUCUCUUGGGAAUAUCCAAAACUGCGCAUGUGGUACGAGGAUGCCCGUGUUUAUCAUCAUUUCGAUUCGGAAAACACAAAAUUGUUUUCGCUGCGUUACGCUUACUACGACGAUGAUAAAGAUAUAACAUUCGUGGAAGAUUUCAAUAGUACAGUUCUUGGUGGAGAAGGAAAUGUGGUCCUUAAGGAGGGCCAGCCAAGGGCUGUAAAGUUCACCGAGGGGGCGAGUGAAAUAAUCAACGCCGACAUCGCCAAAGCCUCUCAUGGGAAAAUCUUAGGUUCUUAUAGCCGUAGUACGUUCAAUAGAACAGACACGAUUCUGGGGCUUACUGUUAGCUACUUUAAGGCCAAAUGGAAGUAUCCAUUCGAUAAGUCCCAGACGAAAGUGGAGCAGUUUUACGACUCCAGCGGCAAGCCGGCAGGUAAGGUGAAUAUGAUGGUGCAAACGGGGAAGUUUGCCUACACCAGAAGUAUAAGGCAUCUGGAUGCGGAUUUCCUGAUGCUACCUUUUGGGGAACAUGAGCUAGUAAUGAUCGUCAUACUGCCGAAGCCAUCCCACAGCGUUAGCCAGGUGCUCAACCAAUUCAAAAGCUACGGACUGGUGUCCAUCUUUACCAUGCUCGGGGCCUCCAAGAAUGAAACUGAUGUAGAAGUCAAGCUUCCCAAGUUCGAUACGCUAUCCGUACUUCCACUCGUGGGUCCAUUAAAUGAGGCUGGACUAACGGAGCUGAACUACGAGUUCGCAGAUCUAGAGCGAAUGGUGAUUGCUGACGGUUUCAGAGGAACGUACCUCUCCCACUACGACCAAUUUGCUCGGAUCGUCGUAGAUGAAGAGGGUUUGCCUGAUGCUGUUCCGCAGAAAUCUUCUGGAACAGAUAACAAGUUCAAGUUCCAUAUGAACAGGCCGUUUGCAUACUUUGUCUUAGAAAAAAAUUACAAAUUGCUCCUUCACUCCGGAGUCUUCCAGAAAGGUGAGGUCCAGUAAUGAAGAUAAGCAGAAAAUAUAUUGCUUUUUUCUAUGACAAAUCACUUUAAA